GCGCCCCUCCCCAUAUAUCGACUUCCGCGACCAACACGACUUGCUCAAACCGACGUCGGUGUGUGUUGAACACGGAUGAAAUGUUUCGCGCCGCUUUCCGGAUCAACGUGUUUGCGGGUUUGCUUUCAAUUCUGCUUCUUAUCGGAGCUUUGUAUAUCUACUCGGGGAACCCUCACUCAUUCCGAUGGAUAUUCCAACAGGACGAUUUCCACCAGAUACAUGAAUCAACAACAAGUUGUGAAGUCCAAGAAUAUGUAAACAACUGUGGCAACUGGAGUAUUGAGGAGUUUAGAAUGAAAGUUGGAUUGAAAUAUGCACAGCCAAGCACUCAGAAAGGACGUAGUGAUGUGAACUCUGUCACUAACUGGAAUGCUCCUUUGGUUUGGGAGGGAACUUUUGAUCCAGUGGUCAUAGAUGCAAUCUAUAAACCAAUGAACCCAAGAGUUGCUGUGGUGGUGUUUGCUGUUGGCAAAUAUACUCUCUUCCUGAAGGGCUUCUUGGAGUCAGCUGAAAAAUAUUUUCUGGUCGAUUUCCGGGUCACGUAUUAUGUCUUCACAGACAACGAACAAGACGUACCUAAAGUUAAACUGGGCAGAGCCCGGAACAUCUCUGUGGUCCCUGUGCCCAGCGCCCAGCACUGGCAAGAAGUGGUUCUUGGAAGGAUGGAGUGGGCGACCAAAGCCAUUGAUAAUCAGAUCCGGAGUAAGGCUGACUAUCUUUUCAUGAUGGACAUCGAUAGCGUGUUCCACAACCGCUUUGGAGCCGAGUCUCUCAGUCGACUUUCUGCUGUGCUUCACCGUGGCUACUACAAGGACAUCCAUCGGGACAAAUUUCCAUAUGAGCGGCGGCCCCAGUCCAAAGCCUACAUUCCUGCUGGGGAAGGAGACUAUUACUACACGGCAGCAGUCUGGGGGGGCUACCUGGAGGAUAUGUAUAGACUAGUCAAACACUGUUACACCCAAGCCCAGGAGGACUCCAAGAUAAAAAUUCAGGCUGUGUGGCAGGAAGAGAGUCACCUCAACAAAUACCUGCUGUACAACAAGCCCGCCAAAGUGCUGUCUCCUGAAUACCUGUGGAGCGACUAUGACCCGGUCCUGGCAGACAUUAAAGUGGUUAGAGUUUCCCAGCUGGUUAAGAACUACAAGGAAGUGCGGCCUAAUGCUGGAAACCGAUGAUAUUGUAAGCAGAAGUAUAAACAACAUGUGGCCAUUGCUGAUUAUUGCAUUUUAACACUAUUUAUUUUUAGUCCCAAGAGGCUAGCAGCUAAUAAUGUGUCUCCAUACGCGAUCAUAAUCAGCUCCAUUACAGAAAAUAAACGGCAUUUCUCUGUAUUGAAGUAUCAUAAUCAGGUAACAUCACCGAGGAUGAGGCUGAACAUGUUACGUGCUGAUAAAAAGAACAGGCAACUGGUUUAAAUAAUGUGUUGUUAUUCCUAAAUUGUCAAUAACACUCUUCAUAAAUGAAUGUAAAAGAUUGAAGUUAAUACAUGUGAUUUGUAUCGGCCGAUCUCACAAAUUGAAGAUUGGUAUCGGAAUCGGCAGCAUAAAGCCCUGAUUGGAAUAUCCCUACAUUUUUAUUGUAGUGUGUAGAGUUUGCUGUGAUUUUAAAUUGCUCUGCAUCAUACUGAAAUGUGUUUCUCAUACUGUGUUGUCAUAUAAGGAAUAGUGCAAUCACAUUAUCAGAAACCGCUCUAAGUUUGAGUAAAUAUUGAGUAUACGUUAGGUGAUUAAUGUAAUGACUCGACAACCACAUGAAAUAAAUGAAACGAUAUAAAUGGUA